GAUUCAUCACUGUUCGUGACCACUCAAAAAUUUAUGGAUAUCGUCAAAAAUGCUCCCGGGGGUAUUCUUCAUUUAAAGAAGAUUGUGCCCAUACUGGGAGUACCGAAACGAAGAUUGUAUGAUAUCACCAGUGUCUUACAUGGGAUCCACAUGGUUGAAAAAAUAUCGAAGAACCAUAUUCGAUGGAUAGGACCUGAUAUCGACACUUUGGGACCAUCGCCCACUCAGAAGAAGCUGCAUGACGAAAUUAGUGAGUUAACGGCACAGGAACGUGCUCUGGAUGACUUACUUAAGGAUUGUGCUCAGCAGUUGUUUGCAUUAACAGAUGACAAAGACAAUGAAAGACUAGCAUAUGUGACGUACCAAGAUGUUCAGAGCAUUCGAGCAUUCCGUGAACAGAUGACUAUUGCGGUUAAAGCUCCAGCAGAAACCACACUGGAGAUUCCAUCUCCCAAAGAAGACUCUAUCGCCCUGCGUAUACGGAGCACCAAAGGGCCCAUUGAUGUCUAUUUGUUUCAACCAAAGCAGGAGCGCUCAAGUAAUAACGUGUCUGAAAAUGCAAUGACCUCUUCACCUAAAAGCAAACAUCCUGAACACCCCGAUGAGAAAGAAGCUCCUCCACAGGAAAGUGAAGAAUUGCUUGAAGUGAGCGACUGCUAG